AUGAUAACAUACGCUGACACGGUAAGCCUUCUUUUAUUGACCCGAUCUCACUUGGCAAUGCCUCCCGAUAGCCCCCAGUCUUCGGAUACGGCCACCGACGGGUAUAUCGAGAAGGACGUGGAGAAGCAGAGCGAGGGCGACGGCGACAUCGCCGAUGGAGAUAUUCGCUCGCCCGGGGGAACUCCGCAGCGAGAGAAAGAAGGCACGAACGGCGCUGCUAAUGGGUUCGCUGACGGAUAUGGCGACGAGCGAGAGCUGAAAGUAUGGGAGUGCUACGACAAACUCGGAUACUCGUUUCCCUGGUUGAAGAAAUGGGGCAUCAUCUCGGUCAUCUUUGCGGUGCAGACUUCCAUGAACUGGAACGCCAGCUUUUACGCCAGCAGCAUCAGCCUGUAUGCCGAUCACUUCAACAUUUCCGAACAGGCUGCUCGUGUCGGCCAGAUGAGCUUCCUCAUCGCUUAUGCAUUUGGCUGCGAAUUCUGGGCCCCCUUUAGCGAGGAGUUCGGCCGCUGGCCCAUUAUGCAGUUGAGUUUGUUUUUGGUUAACAUCUGGCAACUACCGUGUGCCUUAGCUCCCAACUUUGGCACCAUCGUUGUCUGUCGUCUUCUCGGAGGUCUUUCAUCAGCCGGUGGGUCGGUAACCCUUGGCAUGGUGGCCGACAUGUGGGAAGCAGAAGAUCAGCAGUACGCCGUCGCCUUCAUCGUGCUGUCUUCGGUGGCAGGCUCGGUGAUUGCCCCCAUCGUGGGCGGAUUUGUCGCUACCUUCCUGGACUGGCAUUGGAACUUCUGGCUUCAACUGAUUCUGGGUGGAUUCGUUCAGAUACUCCACUGGUUCAUCCCAGAAACCCGUUGUAGUAUCCUGGUCACGCGAGAGGCCCAACGACGACGAGCGGCAGGCGACAUGGUCUGGAGCGGAGAUGAGCUGCAGGGCAAACGGUUGUCAUUCCGUUACAUUCUCAUGAUCUGGGCCCGUCCGUUCAUUAUGUUCCUGCGGGAGCCAAUUGUCCUAUGCUUGUCCUUGCUGAGUGGCUUCAGUGACUCUCUGAUCUUCACCUUUCUUCAGUCAUACUCCCUAGUAUAUAAGCAAUGGGGCUUCAACACCAUCGAUAUUGGUCUCUCUUUCAUUCCGAUACUGGUUGGAUACUUUAUUGCAUACUUUUCCUUCAUACCAUGGAUUCAUCAACAUUGCAGAGUACGCGAGCGCGAUCCCGAUGGACUGCAACCGGAGGUACGCCUCUACUGGUUGCUAUAUGUGGCACCUUUGUUAUCUAUUGGCUUGUUUGGAUUCGCUUGGACCAGCCUUGGACCUCCCCAUGCUCAUUGGAUUGCGCCGAUGAUAUUCUCCUGCUUGAUUGCAAUUGCUAACUUCGCAAUCUACAUGGCCACCAUUGACUACAUGAUAGCCGCUUACGGCCCAUAUUCCGCAUCAGCCACCGGAGGAAAUGGCUUCGCGCGUGACUUCCUCGCAGGCGUGGCUGCGAUGUAUUCUGUUCCCAUGUACAAAAACAUGGGAUCGAACGAUACCCUGGAAUGGCCUUCGACCUUUUUAGCAUUCAUGGCGAUCAUUUUUACGAUCCCUAUCUACAUUUUCUAUUGGAAGGGUCCGCUCAUCCGCGAAAAGUCACCGUUUGCACAAGUCUUGGCGGCGGACCGCAAGAAGGCUGGACGUAAGGUUUCUCAGUGCGGAUCGGGAGGCCCUGAACCUGUGGAGCUCUACUUGAGGGGAUCGAGGUAG